UGAUCUUUCAAAGUGCUACCUAUGUUAUAACAUUAAGUUAUUACGUGUUCUAGAAAGCGAUAGGAAGUAAAUUUUCAUAAAUUGUCAUUUGGGUAUCAACUUUUAUUUACGACUUUACUGUUUACAUUGACCAUCAUGGCUGCCAAGGCUGCACUUCUUAUGAGAGUUGUUUCUGCCUCAGUAGCAGUUUCAAACAGAGCUUGUCAAAUCAUUAGAGACGUGCUUAAGAAAGGAGAAUUGGGGAUUGUCGAAAAGGGUAAAAAUGAUUUUCAAACAGAAGCAGACAGAUCUGCACAGAGAUGUAUCAUAGCCUCACUACACAAACAGUUUCCCAAAGUCUCUAUAUUUGGAGAAGAGGCAUUAGAUCCAUCAGAAAAAAUUCCAGAAGAAAUGUUGGAAUUGGGAUUUUCAGAUGAAGUUCUUGCUCAUGACUGUCCUGAAUAUCUCAAAGAUGUAAAAGAUGAAGAAAUAGUUAUAUGGGUAGAUCCUGUUGAUGGAACAGCAGAGUAUACACAGGGCUUAUUAGAUCAUGUGACCUGUUUAAUUGGUAUAUCAGCUAGAGGUCAUUCAGUAGCAGGCAUCAUUAAUCAGCCAUUUUAUAAUUAUAAAGCUGGACCAGACGCAGAAUUAGGCAGAUGUAUUUGGGGAAUCAUUGGUUUAGGGUCUUUUGGAUUCACUAGAGAUGUGUUACCUAAAGAUGAAUUCAUUGUUACAACCUCUAGAUCCCAUUCUGACCGACUUGUAACAGAAACAGUCGAGGCUUGUGAGCCUACAAGUGUGGUGAGGGUAGGAGGAGCUGGUCACAAAGUGUUAUUGCUGAUAGAAGGGAAAGUCCAUGCAUAUGUUUUUGCCAGUAAAGGAUGCAAGAAAUGGGACACAUGUGCCCCAGAGUCUGUUUUGGCAGCAGUUGGUGGACGUUUAACUGAUAUGCAUGGUAUAAAAAUGUCAUACGGUGCAGGAGUUCAACGCAAAAAUACAGGUGGAAUUCUUGCUACUUCUGUUUCAGAUCAUGACUAUAUUGUCAACAAAGUUCCCGAACAUGUGAAAGAAGUUUUUGAUAAAAGCGUUGAGGCCGAAGAUUGGCCUGAGUUUGAAUUAGCCAGAAUACAGCACAUGAAUAAUAAAGAUGUUGACCAAGGUGUCAAAAGAAAGAAAACAGAUACACCAGAUUCUGAUUCUAGCCGAUCUUCAAAAAGUGACUUGUUAGCUGAUGAAACUCUUGAUACCAAGCUUUAGAUAAUUAAAAUGUCUAGGUGUUUAUUUUAUAAAUUUAGGGAAAUUUAAUUCAUUAUGUAGGAUCAUUUUAUAUAUAGAUUAUAGUAAAUGUACUAAACAGAGAAUAGCUUUAGUGAUGCAGUGCAUCAUAAUCAUUGUUACAAUAUAAGAAAAUAUAGACUAUUUUUACUUCCAUUGUUUUUGCAUAUUCUAAUUUUAUUAUUGUUGUAUAAAUAUACUAUGAAUGUAUUGGCAAGUUAUUUUUUCUUAGGUAUUUGUUGUUCUGUAUAAAUUUUGUUUAUUUAUUUGUAUAAGAGUUGUUAGUUUUCUAAUUUUUUAUUCAAAUGAAGAUAAAUAUAAAGGUAGAUAUCAUUUUUAUACGACAGCAAAUUU